AUGGCAACCGAAAGUAGUAUCUGCGACAACGUCGUCGGCGGUGAAACAUGGCGAGCUGAAGCGGAAAUCGGUGGCAACGAGAGGGCUUUGCAAGCUCUUCGUGAACUCAUAAUCUUCCCUUUUCGCUACCCUCUCGAAGCUCGAACUCUUGGUCUCAAAUGGUCUAGAGGGUUGCUCCUAUACGGCCCUCCUGGAACCGGAAAGACAAGCUUGGUCCGUGCUGUUGUCCAGGAAUGUAAUGCACAUUUGAUUGUUUUAAGCCCCCAUUCUGUACAUCGAGGUCAUGCUGGAGAAAGCGAGAAAGUCUUGAGAGAUGCUUUUGCCGAGGCUUCUUUUCACGCUGCUUCUGACAAGCCCUCUGUGAUUUUUAUCGAUGAAAUCGAUGUUCUUUGUCCUCGGCGUGAUUCUAGAGGAGAGCAGGAUGUUCGUAUUGCUUCUCAACUCUUUACACUCAUGGACUCAAACAAACCUUCAUCAUUUGCACCAAGAGUUGUUGUUGUAGCAUCCACAAACAGAGUGGAUGCGAUUGACCCAGCGCUAAGAAGAGCGGGACGAUUUGAUACUUUAAUUGAAGUGAGCACACCAAAUGAGGAGGAUCGUUUGAAAAUCCUGCAGCUGUACACAAAGAAAGUUUGUUUGGAUCCUAGUGUUGAUCUACAAGCUAUAGCAACAUCUUGCAAUGGUUAUGUUGGGGCAGAUUUGGAAGCCUUAUGCCGUGAAGCGGCCAUCUCCGCAAGUAAAAGAUCUUCAGAUUCUCUUAUCUUAACAGUGCAAGACUUCAAGAUUGCAAAGUCUUUAGUUGGUCCGAGUAUAACAAGAGGCAUCACAGUUGAAAUCCCUAAAGUGACAUGGGAGGACGUUGGUGGUCUCAAAGACCUAAAGAAAAAGCUCCAGCAAGCUGUUGAAUGGCCAAUCAAACAUUCAUCUGCAUUUGUAAAACUGGGCAUAUCGCCAAUGCGUGGAAUACUCCUCCAUGGUCCUCCAGGUUGCUCAAAGACAACUCUUGCUAAAGCCGCUGCAAAUGCUGCUCAAGCUUCCUUCUUUUCCUUAAGCUGUGCAGAGCUAUUUUCUAUGUAUGUUGGAGAAGGUGAAGCAUUGUUGCGGAACACGUUUCAAAGAGCUCGACUUGCUUCUCCAAGUAUAAUAUUCUUUGAUGAAGCUGAUGUUGUCGCCUGUAAAAGAGGUGAUGAGAGCUCAAGCAACAGUUCUACAGUUGGAGAAAGGCUUUUAUCUACACUGUUAACCGAAAUGGACGGUCUUGAAGAAGCAAAGGGAAUUCUUGUCUUGGCUGCCACGAACCGUCCUUAUGCCAUUGAUGCAGCUCUUAUGCGUCCUGGUCGAUUUGAUCUUGUUCUUUACGUGCCACCGCCUGAUCUUGAAGCUCGGUUUGAGAUACUGCAAGUGCACACACGCAACAUGAGACUAGGAGACGACGUUGAUCUCAGAAGAAUCGCUGAAGAGACGGAGCUAUUUACUGGUGCUGAGCUCGAAGGUCUCUGCAGAGAAAGCGGAACCGUCUCUCUUAGAGAGAACAUUGCAGCAACCGCAGUGUUCAAUCGCCAUUUCCAAACCGCAAAGAGCUCGCUUAAACCGGCACUGACGAUCCAAGAAGUGGAGACUUAUUCAUCGUUCAGGAAAUCGAAAUGUUUGGAUUCUAAAACGGUUCCGGUUAAGGAGAAGAAGAAGAAGGUGGAUUCUUCUAAUGGUUUCGGUUUAGAUCUGAUCGCGAAAGGUUUCAAAAACUCUUUAGUAUUCUAUACAAUGGGUCGUGGAAACAGCUGUGGUGGAGGUCAAAGCUCACUGAACUAUCUCUUUGGUGGCGGUGACGCUCCAGCUCCUAAGCCGGCAGCUCCAGCUCCAGCUCCUCGUCCCUCUCCUGCUGAGCCAAACAACGGGUCUGCGUCUGCUGCACCACCACCAGUAGCAGCUGUGACUGCAACCGCACAGACAACUGCUACAACUAGUGUUGAGCCAGCAGAGCUCAACAAGCAGAUUCCCGCCGGUAUCAAAACUCCAGUCAACAAUUACGCCAGAGCCGAAGGACAGAACACCGGAAACUUCCUCACUGACCGUCCUUCGACCAAAGUUCAUGCAGCUCCCGGAGGUGGAUCGUCCUUGGGUUAUCUCUUCACUGGUGGUAGCAAGUAA